ACGAUGGAAGGUCUUGCUUGCCUGUCACUACCCGAUUUGGAUCGGAAUGACAAUGCAUGGUGUUGUUUAAGUUGACUGACUGAGGAGUGUGAAUGAUUUUAAAGAGAAGUACAUCACUAACAAAAAGAAGGGCAGAAGGACAAACCAGCUAUUUUCUGUAACACACAAAUGGCUGUAACAGAGGAGGUAAGUCAGGCUGACAUGAAUACCAUGGAGGAAAGGACAGCAGAUAUUAAGAAGGAGGAAGACUGUGACUGGGUAUCUGUCUGCAUUAAACAGGAGAGUCCUCAUGUUAAGGAUGAGGAUGAGGACUCUGAACUGAUGUCAAUAGUCAUUAAAGAAGAGCCUGAGGAGAAGUCUAUUGAUAUGGACAUACAGAAACAUAAAAGUAAAGACAAUGUCAAGGAAGAGGACCUUUACUCCGCAACUAUCUUUCAGUAUGGGAAUCAAGAUGGAGAGGUAAAGGGAGCAGCCUCUUCUCCGAGCUCAUCUUUGGAGCCUUCUGUUAAUGUGAAGUGUGAAUCUUUAACUAACAUAAAAAAUGAUGAAGAAAUGCCAAGGAUAUCCCUGGAAAGUCAACCAACACCUGCACAUCAGUACGGAGAAAAUUCACAAGAGAUUUGCAGCCUUUCCCUUUCUUCCCAUAGCCAAAUGUUUCCUCAGUGCAAACCACAACAGACAAAACAUGAUGAACAUGUGGAGAAAUUAACACCAGAAUCACAGAAUGUGACAACAUAUACUUUGCAGUGUAGUUCCCUGCCUGUUGCAAAACUUACAGGAAUGGAUGCUAUUAACACACAACAACAUUUCUGCAGUGCAAAUGUAGUGGUUUUGUAUUUGUGUCAAGAUCUGAGGAAAAGUUGUAAUCAGGAAUCUGAAUGCAGAGAUGAUCGCUGUCGAGAAGAGAGAGACAAGCCGUAUCGCUGUUGUGAAUGUGGCAAACGGUUUUCACAACUGAACCAUCUUCAGAGCCAUUCAAGAAUUCACACUGGUGAGAAGCCAUACUGCUGUUCGGAAUGUGGGAGACGAUUUUCACAAAUGAACAACCUUCGGGGCCACUCAAGAAUUCAUACAGGAGAGAAGCCAUACUGUUGUUCAGAAUGUGGCAAACAAUUUACCACAAAGUAUAGUCUUCUCAGCCACAAAAUAAUCCACACUGGAGAAAAACCAUAUAGUUGUUCUGAAUGCAGCAAACAUUUUUCUUUGAGAAGUAGUCUACUGAGACACACAAGGCUUCACACAGGAGAAAAGCCAUAUUCUUGUUCUGAAUGUGGGAAAAAAUUCUCAGACAGGGCAAAUUUUCGAUGUCACACAAGAAUUCAUACAGGAGAGAAGCCAUACUGCUGUUCGGAAUGUGGCAAACGAUUCUCACAAGCAAACAAUCUUACAAAACAUACAAAAAUUCACACUAAACUUAAAAAAGGCCGGAAGAGUGAGGGAGCAAAUGAUACUUGUGUAUAACAGAAAUCCUCCCAACUUCUCAAGUGUUAAUGGGCAUCUUUCACUGAUGGGCUUCUUUGCACAAACUUUAAACCAAGUCUACUCAAUGAGUAAACUUUUUUAAAAAAGAAACAUGUAAAAAGUAAAUUUGUUGUGGAAAAAUGGUGCCCAUCACCACUCUCUGUACUAGAGUCUGAGAUGGUGGUAACAUUGGUGCAACAUCUUCAAACAAGAUCUCCCUCCAAAUGAAGGAUUUUUGUUUGUUAUUAUCUCCAUAGACUUGCAUACUUACAGACAGAGACACACAAAUGUUAUUCUUUAAGCCUUCAAAUUGUUUUCAAGGAUUCCUAAAAUGUCUAAAUCCUUUGAAAGCUAGAGGUAACUUUUGACUGCAUCAUACUCCACUUCAUCUGGGGACAGUAAAGAGAAGCUAGCAUAUGUUAAAAAGUAUGGAGAGAAAUAUCCAGAUGUGACUGGAAACAACUAAAGAUGAUUUCCACCCUACAGUGAAGUGCAUUUUUAGGUAUACAAUUCUGAGAUAAAGAUACACUGGCAUGGUGCUGAAAGAACUGAGAAUGGAGGUGAUGAACAAAGGGCAGAGCCGUGUAAGCAGAACAUUGAAACAAGGCAUUUAAAGAUUUUUGUCCAUCUUUACAGAAUUUUGGCAAUGUAAGUAGCAUGGGUAACACUUCACUUUGAGGCUACAACCUAGCUUUCUCAUGGGGAUGAGACUUUGUUCUGCCAAUUUCUGCUUCGAGAUUUGGAGUUGAGCUAACUUGAACUUCCUCAAUGUUUUUUGGUGUCCAUGAAAUGCUCUUUUUUUAGACCACGGCUCAUGUAAGAAUGAUUUAAAAGGUUUGUUUGUGUUGAUAUUUAGUAAAUCUUCCUGUUUAAACCUUUAGUACCAAUCAAAAGUUUGGAUAAGCCUACACAUUGAAGGGUUCCUUAUUUUUGACUAUUUCCUAGUUUUUAGCAUUAAUAGAGAAGACAUCAGAAUUAUGAGUUUCCUCACAUGAAAUUAUGCCACAGCUGAAGGAUGUUAAAUCUAACCUCUGUAAAUUUCUUGCUUGAAGACCGGGCCUGAGUUGCCUUGAAAGCUUGCAUAGUGUAAUCUUUUUAGUUAGCCAAUAAAAGGUGUCAUUUUGCUUGAUUUCUCACUAUAUUUAGAUAUAGAAUACAUUUUCACUGGUCUGGUGGCCACUGUCACUGUCUCCUCCUCCUCCUUCUUCUCCUCCUCUUCUUUCCAUCAGUAGUGGUUUGUUUGCUGCAUUACUACCUAGAAAGCCUGACUCACACAGUCUCUGCUGAAAAGCUGAUGCUGAGAUGGGUCUGCUGGUUCAUCUCUGAAGUAUUUGUUUAGACUGAGAUCUAAGACAACCUGUAAGGAUGGUGGCUGAUUACUCUGCAACAGAGGACAAGUGUAACUCUUAGUCUGCCUUUCCUGAGCCAUUUUCAUCAUAAUGUUCUCUAGGUUUUUACAACUGUACAUAAAGGAACUCUCAAAGUGUUUGCAAUUUUCCGUGUUUGACUAAGCACUGCAGGGUGGGGUGAAGACAGCACAGAAUAUGACCAGCACCAGUUGCCUUCUGUUCAGGACAUACAGUGCAUCCAGAAAGUAUUCACAGCACAUCACUUUUUCCACAUUUUGUUAUG